GUUAUAGAGCAUGAUGCCUUCAGGUGGUGGUGGUGAUGAAAAGGAAGGUGGCAGCUCAGGCCUAAUGGCUUUGCAAGGAGGAGGAGGAGGAGGAGGAGGAGGAGGAGGAGCUGCGUUAUCGCAUCUAAUGUCGAUCUUUGGAAAUGGCGGCGGUGCAGCUGGAGCAGAGAAACAAGAGGCAAGAGGAAAUGCUGGAGCAAACAAGAAUAAAAAGGCAGGAGGAAGGGUAAGACACUCUCAAGAGUCACCUCCCUUACUUUCAGGCCCAUCGUAAUAGAUUUGAGAUGGAGUGGAGAUUCAUACACACGUCCAUAUGCAUUUCUCCAAGAAACUACUUGGAGAAAUUAAUGGAAUAUACAUACUUCUUUUGCAUGCAGUUUCCCCCCAAUAUGCCUUUGUGUACAUUAGUCGCUCUAAUAUGCACAUGUGUGUGUGUUCAUUUCAUUUGCACUUUUUACAAAGCAAACAAGCACAUUCCUUGGUAGAAGAAUUGCAUCGCAUAAUUCAGAGAAGUGCGGAUUUUGAAGGGUAGCUGUUUAUUGCUUGUUUAUUGUUCCAUGAAAUAUGAAUUAGAUAGGUUUGCCUGAAAAUGUGAACCAAAUGAAUUUCUCCCUCUCCCUUCCACAACGGAGACCCUUAAAUGAGACAAGGUGCAGCCUGGCUAUUGCAGGUAGGGAUAGAGGAGGUGAGAAAUCUGAUUCCAUUCUCAUUUUAAGGCCAGCCUCCCCAGCUCACACUUUCUGAAGCAAGACGCAAACCAAAACACAGCCAUCCCCCAAAAUUUGGACGUCACAUUUUGCAAUGCAGUUCUCCAGCAUGCAUGGUGGAAGUGUGCCUAAGAAUGCAUCUACUACUGAAAGCAGCAUAGAAAAUUGGAGAAA